AUGCCCGAGGUCUACGAUACACAGAAGCUGGGCAUGUAUACGGUGGUGCGCGACAUUGCCGAGGGCACGUUUGGCAAAGUCAAAAUGGCCAUCCACAAAGUUACGGGCCAUCAUGUCGCUAUGAAGUUCCUUUCCAAAGCUAUCAUCCACCGCGACAAGAUGAAGGCCCGUGUCAGGCGUGAAUUCGAAUAUCUGCGGCUCCUCCGUCAUCCCCACAUCAUCAAGCUAUACGAGGUCAUCACCACCGAGCGCGACAUCAUCUUCGUGCUAGAAUACGCGGCAGGCGAGCUCUUCAACCAUUGCGCGCACAACGGGCCGUUAUCCGAGGACGAAGCCCGCCGUUUCUUCCAGCAAAUAAUGUCCGGAAUAGAGUACUCUCACCGUCUCAAGAUCGUCCACCGUGACCUCAAGCCAGAGAAUAUCCUCCUUGACGAGUAUCUCAAUGUGAAAAUUGCUGACUUCGGCUUAUCAAACGAGACCGUGGAUGGUGAAUUCUUGGCUACUAGUUGCGGCAGUCCCAACUACGCGGCACCAGAAGUUAUCAAGGGCUUCAGGUACUCUGGCCCUGAAAUAGACGUGUGGAGCUCUGGGAUUAUACUCUAUGUUCUUCUGGUCGGAAAGCUCCCCUUUGAGGACUCCAACAUCUCAGAACUCUUCCACAAAAUUGAGAAUGUGGACUACGAGCCGCCAACGCAUCUCAGCCCGCAAGCACAAAACCUAAUCAAAUCAAUGCUGGUCGCAGACCCCACUAAACGCAUAACCGUCUCUCAAAUAAUGACCCACCCUUGGAUUGACGUCAAGCUUCCUCGGUAUCUUAAGCCGCUUCCCCCAAUUCCAGGCCCUGUAGUAGGCAUGAUGAGCUCAAUUGUCUCGGCACCGGCUGUACCUCUCGACUUCGAAUUCGUUGAAGGGCUAGGACGCAUCGACGAAGAGAUCGUCAAAGACCUAGCUUCACGUUUGGAGGAUACGGACGAAGAAGAAAUCAUGUAUAGUCUGCGGCGGAAUGAUGGUGUUCGGGGAAACCAGGUAAAGGUCGCCUAUAUGUUACUGAAAGACAAGAAGCGGGUUGGCAAGAAUUUGGCAAUAUACGCGGAGCAGGAGCGUGAUGCGGAGUUGGCGGCCAUGGAUCCGCGCAAUGUCAUUUCACCAAACGCAUUAUCGCCAGGUGGUGCUGAUCUUGACAUCAACCCUUUUGAAGAGCAAUUUGAGGAGGAGGCACCGGAAGACGACGGGUUUGAUGAAGUUGUCAAUGCUCCAGAAGACCCCAAUGCUCCGUCAAGCGUUGCUAUCCUCAACUCCUCCCUCCGAACAGCAGACCAGUCAUUGCUUACUUCUCCGACUGGCCGUGCCAACAGCAGACGACCGGCCAAGGCCACUCGAUGGCACUUUGGCAUUCGGAGCAGGAGCGCACCAAUGGAGGUCAUGCUGGAGAUCUACAAGACACUGCAGAGCAUGGGAAUGGAGUGGAAGAAGAAGACCAACCUCGGCUCGCUUGGCCGGCCACCGCGCGAACGCGACCGUCACGUGUACGAUGAGCGGCGCGACGAGGAUCUGCGUGCCGCGAGCAGCAUAUUCUGCAUCGAGACACGUGCCCGUGUUCAGGACAUCGUGGUCCUCAUGAACAUCAACUUGUACAACGUUGACGCGCAAAACUAUCUGGUCGACUUCCACCACAAGAAGUCGUACCGCGCCUCCACCGCGCCAGACGCAGGCAAAUUUGACCCCGCGGUCAAAGAGUCGCCCAUCAAUGGCGAGGUCGACUCAAUCGCUGCUUCUUCACGGUCGAUGGCCGAGCUAUACGGACCCGCGGAGGAAGCGGUAAUGAGUCCAUUUGUAUUCAUGGACUUGGCAACACGCCUCAUUUUAGAGCUUGCUGGACAAUAG